AUGUCGCUGAAGGUACAAGAAGUCGUGAGGCCCAGUGAUUAUGAGAAGUACGGUCUCCAAGAGAACUACUGCAGAAAUCCAUUCUCAGACAGUAGACCGCUGUGCUUCGUCAACCCUGACGAUAGUGAACAUUCGUUCUACUGGGAUUUCUGCCCCAUUCCCAACUGUAAUCCAACAACUACUUUAGCUACCACCACGCCAACGAGAACAUCUAGCCCCACCACAGCUAAAAGGCACGUCACCCCGCAGCUCCCAAGAGCUUUGUCAACUACAGCAUCAAGGGGCGGUCCCUCGCCUGCUGGCAUCACAGACUCACUUCAGCCGGGGCAUACGCAUGCGCGUCCCUCGUCACGUGUAAGCCGCAUCACUCAAGUUACUCCGCACAGCGGCGGAUUGCUGCAAAAGAGUACCGAGAAGUCCGCUGUUGAAGCUUGCAGACUGGACCAGUUUGAAUGCGGCAGCGACAAACGCUGCAUAUCGCGUCAGUCUGUGUGUGACAACCUUGUCGACUGCUCCGACAGAAGCGACGAAGAGGAUUGUGCAUUUCGAUGCGCAGCGGAUGAGUUCUUCUGUGAUGACUUAUGUUACCCUAGCCACUUCACGUGUGACGGGUGGGACGACUGUGAGGAUGGAAGUGACGAGGAUCCAGCAAACUGCCUCACAACAUCGCAGCCUCUUCCAGAUGGCGGUGUUGAUAGCGGAGACCAGGGAGGUGAUUCAAAUGAACAAUCCCAGAACAUUGGAGACAGUGAAAAUGGUGACGGUCUCACGAGGGGCAGGGAAAAUGGCACCGAUCAUGAUCAAAAUAGUUCUGGAAUAAAUGGAGACGGCGAUAGUGCAUCACAUUCUGGCACAAAUGGCACCAAUGAGUACCAGAAUGACACACGUUAUGAAGGAAACAAUGGCACAAAUUUGCAAGAUGGCGGGUCGCAUGGUAACAACAGUGAUUUGCAUGGCAGUGGUCGAGGCAGCGGUGGUCAAGGCAACGGUGGUCAAGUCAACGGUGCUCAAGGCAACGGUGGGCAAGGCAACGGUGGGCAAGGCAACGGUGGGCAAGGCAACGGUGGGCAAGGCAACGGGGGCCAAGGCAACGGACAACAAGGCAACGGUCAACAAGGCAACGGUCAACAAGGCAAUGGUGGUGGCAUAUACGACGGCGAUGGUAAAGGGAUACACAACUUGUCAGAUUAUGAAGAAAUUUGGCUGAGGUUCAACCUUACCGUGAAGAAUGCAACAAGAUUGCCGUGCCCGUGUUUCGUGUUUGGGCGCCAACUUGUGGGAAGAUCGUCUGCAUCCUUUGUCAAUGUAACGGUAGUGUUCCAUUUUGUAGUCACAAUUGUAAUGAUGAGGUUGACGUCCCAUAUUCUUGAGUGA